CCAAGUACCAACCCAACUCCGGUUUCCAGCCAUGGUGUCGUCCGCUGGGGGAGCGCCGUGGAGCCGGCUGGAGGGGCAGGUUGUGCUGCUGACGGGCGCCUCCUCCGGCCUCGGCCGCGAUUUCUGCCUCGACCUGGCGCGCGCCGGCUGCCGGGUCGUCGCCGUCGCGCGCCGCGCUGACCGCCUCCGCUCCCUCUGCGAUGAGAUCAACGCUUCCCGGGCCGCGGAUGCCAGCCAGCCAUUGGCGGUGGCCAUCGAACUCGACGUUGCCGCCGGAGGGUCCACUGUCGAGGCGGCGGUGCAGAGGGCCUGGGACGCCUUCGGCCGCAUUGACGUCUUGAUUAACAACGCUGGCCUCCGAGGAGGAAUACAUUCGUCACUGGAUUGGCCCGAGGAUGACUGGGAUAAACUCCACAAGACAAACCUUACCGGAUCGUGGCUCGUCGCCAAGCAUGUAUGUAGGCACAUGCGUGAUGCCAAGAUAAAAGGUUCAGUCAUCAACAUUUCGUCCGUUGCCGGUCUUCACCGUGGCGAUGUGCAUGGCAGCACCGGUUACGCAUCUUCCAAGGCGGCCGUGCAUGCUGUCACCAAGGUGAUGGCCUUGGAGUUAGGACCGUAUGGAAUUAGAGUGAACUCAAUUGCGCCUGGAAUCUUCCAGUCGGAGAUAACUGCUGCUCUAUUGCAAAAGAGAUGGUGGAACACCGUUACUUCAAAGAUCGUGCCACUUAAAACAUAUGGCACUACUGAUCCGGCACUGACAUCGCUAGUUCGUUUUCUAAUCCAUGAAACGUCAUUGUAUCUAACUGGCAACAUCUUCAUCGUAGACGCAGGCCUAACCCUACCUGGUGUUCCAUUAUUCUCUUCUCUGUAAUCCUUUCAUUAGAUCAACACUGAUGUGUGUACUCAGUGCAUGAGUGCAACAAGCAAUAAGAACAUCGAGGAGCUCUUUAGUUA